AUGGCCAAGUUAUUCCGAGCUGCUAUCAUGGGUCCUCCAGGAUCAGGGAAAGGAACGAUAUGCAAGAGGAUUGCGCAAAGCUUUGACCUGCAAUAUCUUUCCAGUGGCCACUAUCUCCGAGAAAGCAUAGCGGCAAAUACAGAGGCAGGUGUGCUGGUGAGGACCUAUGUAGAAAGAAGCAUGAUGGUGCCUGACCAUGUGAUGACCGGACUGAUGCUGCCCAGACUGGAACAGCUGAUUAGCCAAAGCUGGCUGCUGGACGGUUUUCCCCGGACUCUGUCCCAGGCCCGAGCCCUGAACAGUUUGUGCCAGCUGGACCUGGUCAUCAGCCUGAACAUCCCCUACGAGACUCUGAGGGAGAGACUGAGCGACCGCUGGGUGCAUGCAGCCAGUGGCCGAGUCUACAACUUGGGCUUUAACCCGCCACAAGUGAAGGGUAAGGAUGACGUCACCGGGGAGGCCCUCAUUCAGCACGAUGACGACAAACCUGAAGCCCUGCUGAGCAGACUGAGAUACUACAAAGAUGUGGCCAAGCCUGUCAUGGAUUUAUACAAGUCACAGGGAAUCCUUCACGCCGUUUCCGGUACAGAGACAGACAAGAUUUGGCCUUAUAUCAACUCCCUCCUCAGCGCCAAGAUGCACAUACAGCCGUCAGGUGCCUUCCAGACCCAGACACCCCCAUGAAUGAAAGGAGAACAGGGGGAAACAUGAAGAGGCCGCCACAGGAAGAUAUGUGAUGUUUCAACAAGCUGGCCUCAGAUUUCAGGUUCCUUUAUUUUGAGGUUUAGAGGCGGAUAAGGACUCUGAUCAAAACUGUAGUUAUCCAAUAUGUUGUGAUUUAAACGACAGUUUUUUUUUCUCUUAAAUUAAAGUAUUUUAGAGCUUUAUUGAUUGGGUUGAUUGUCUGCAUCAUAGCUGAAUGUUCAAAUAUUUCAAGGCAAUAUGCAUCAAUACACAUUGAACUAAAAUAAAGGGUAGCUGUGGUGACACUAAAGGUUAAGAGAGAAAUAAAACAGUUCAAAGAUUUAGAAGAGAAGGAUUCCCUUCACUAAAGCUCCCCAGUUUCAAGAUUGUAUCUUCAACAAUAGAGGAGUAUGGUAGAAUAUUGAAAUACGGACCAACAUAUCACAGUCCGACAUUAAAUAUGUGAUAGUGAACACUAAAAUUGAUUAUGAACAUUUGCAAACUUUAAUGAUGGCAAACAAAUGGAAUAUUACUUAUAAAUAAUCUGUUCUCGUUCCACAUUUGAAUAAUUACACGUUAAACAAACGUUUAAUAAUCAGGCAAACAAUAUCAUAUUGUCGCCUCUUUGAUUAUCAUAAUUUUGGUGUGGAACCCUCCAAAACUUAUUUUCCAAAGGCAAGUGACUUAGGAGUUUUAGUAUCAUGUAUAUGUAUACACAUCACAAAAUGACUUUAAAAAUAAAUAAAUAAAAUCUCAACUUGAUUGAAUUGACUCACUGAUACAUAGUCACUGUCACAUAUACAUAGUGUUGUAUCAAAAGCCAAUUUUACACGGAAAUUAAAUGAAUCAAUUUGGACUAAAAAGGUUCGGAGUGUGAAAUAAGCUGUAAGAUAUGCAAUAAUCCUGCAAAGCCAUGGCUCAUUGUUUGGCUUGAUCCGCACAGUAUUUCUAGAAUAUACGUGAAAAAUGUGUACUGUAUAAACUGCUAUUCUAUUCUUACUUUUGUACUGAAAUGCUGCAGAAUAGUAUGCACUCUGCAGUUGAUAAGAUGCAGGACAAUCUACUGGGCUGGUGCUGGACCUGUCCAAUAUUCAAGAAGCACUCAACGUCACACUCUGUGGCUGGGAUGAAGACCAAUGCACAGAAUAAAGAGAACCCCUAAUGCUGUUACAUUUCGUUAAACAUGUGGUUGCCUUGAGAUUUAAUUCAUCAAAAUGUCAGAUAGUGGUUCAGAAAAUGUUAUGUUUUGCAGUGGCAGUUCAACUUAAAGAUGGUCACUUUUUGGGAAGCAUCACGUGUGUAAAGAUUUUACUUUUCAGAUUGUUUGAAUGUAUACAUCACUGUUGCAGGGUAGGGAACAUGUAAAAUGUUGGCUUUGUAGAAUUAGUUAUUUUUUUAGACAGAAAUGAACAACUGAAUUAAUUAUGAAGCCACAUUCACCAAUGCAGCAACCUAUCGCAUGCAGAUACACAUCUUUAUCAUGUUUUUUUAGGUGAAUGUUGCCUUUUAUCAAUGUUUUUUGGUGGCGUUUUUUGAGGGUCUGAAAAUAGUCGGUGUUGCAAGUAGGUUGAAAACAUUUGCUGUGGCAUACCAAAGAUACAAGAUACAAAUAUUUAGCUUGAGUUAGAAAGAUGUCUUUGAUAAAGCUGGGAUGGCUCAACAUGCCAGUCAGUGUUUUGGUUUGUGAGGGGGAGCUGUAAAAAUAUUUUGUGCAACCACACCCCAGUGCUGUUGUGUAAUAUGGAUUAAGGGCUUUUUUUCUUUCAUAUUUUCAAACCUUGCUGUCCUAACAUGUUACAUUCUUAAAAAACAAUAAAAAUAUGUCCUCAAAUCUGCUGUCA